AUGACAAACAAUACUUCAGCAAAAUCAGAUAUCUAAAAAAAUGGGUUGCUGACAAAUAUGAAUCGAGCAUGCAUAUUAAAAAAACUACUACUCUAACUAAUUAUCAAGUAUAUUUAAAUGUUUAUUUUAAGGUUUUAGAUAAUGUUUUUACAAAACUUAUUUAAUGAUCAAAUUAUCCAAGCUUUUGUAAAACAUAUUUCUAUAAGAUCCAAUAUCAAUAAGUAAAAUAAAAUUUAUGAUUACGAUAAUUCAAUCAACCCAUCUUCAUUUGAAACAUUAGUCUGGGAUAGUAGAAUAUAUUGA